GGGUCGGGGAGGAGGAGACCGAUAUCCAGGGGAUCUCCAAGCUCACGGGUGGAGCAGAGUCGGGCAGUGGUCGGAGUCGAGGGGAGUGGGGAACGCUCUGACUGAGGGGGGAACUGCAAGCGCUCGGGAAUGGUGAUGAAAAGUAUCAAAUGUGUGGUGGUGGGUGAUGGGGCCGUUGGGAAGACCUCUGUCCUUAUCACCUAUACCACCCACACCUUCCCAGAGGAGUACAUUCCCACCGUCUUUGACAACUAUUCCACCACGGUGACCGUCGAUGAUGUGGUGGUCACUCUCGGGCUGUGGGACACGGCGGGACAAGAGGACUAUGACCGGCUGCGGCCACUCUCUUACCCCCAGACUGAUGUGUUUGUCAUCUGUUUCUCACUGGUCAACCCUGUCUCAUUCAUGAAUGUACAGCUGAAGUGGUCCUCCGAGGUGAAGCAUCACUGCCCCAACUGCCCCAUCAUCCUGGUGGGCACCAAGAAGGACCUGAGGGACAACAAGGACACCAUUGAGAAGUUGAAGGAGAAGGACAUGGCUCCGGUCAGUUGCAAGGAGGGCGAGCAGAAAGCCAAGGAGAUCGGCGCUUUUAAAUACGUUGAAAGUUCCGCUCGGAAGGACAUCGGUCUAAAGGACAUCUUCGACGCAGCAAUCCGAGCUGUGAUCCAGCAACCAGCUAAGAAAGGUCGGAGUCGUUGCUUCAUUCUGUAGCCAGAUUCUCAGGACAUUAUCGGCGGGUCCUGAUAUGAAUGGAUCAAGACCGUACGGCCAUCAAUAUCUCACGUGGAAUUCCUCUGGGAAAGAACCUCCGUCUGCUCACCUUGGUGAAGGAACUACCUGAUUUGUCCCGUCCACAUGCCUUUACUUAUCCAAUUUAUUUUUCGAGUUCCAUAAUGUAUCUAACGAUAGACACAACUUGCCGGAGUAACUCAGCGGGACAGGCAGCAUCUGUGGAGAGGAGGAAUGGUUGACGUUUCGGGUCGAGACCUUUCUAUUUGUCUGAAAAAGGGUCUCGACCCAAAUCAACUUUUCCAUUAUUCCAGCUUUUUGUGUCUAUCUUCAGUUUCAGUGCAGUUCAGUUUAUGAUUAGACAAAGGGUUUCGGCCCGAAACGUUGCCUAUUUCCUUCGCUCCAUAGAUGCUGCUGCACCCGCUGAGUUUCUCCAGCAUUUUUGUCUACCUUCUAAAGACUCUAUGUUUUGUACUAUCCAGCUGUUCCAUGCCAGCCGACUUGUUCAGACUGCAGCCAACACAACUCUCCUUCAGAACAUGUUUCCUUUGAGUUAAAAUUAGAGUUGAAACAUUCCCUUGCUGUUAUUUUUAUGUAUAAAAGUUGACGUUUCUAGAUUGGUGGGGGCUUGUGUCAUUUUCUGUAACGCAGUGACCAGCUUAUAUUCCUCAUCUUGCAUUAUAUCCAUAUUUUUUUGUAAUAUUUAAUAUGUGGUUCAGCAGUAAAAUAAAGGUUAGAAAUACUGAACAGAUCUCGAGCAUUUUAGAACAUAGAAAUAGGAACUGGAACUCCAAGCGUACAAUGUCCGCGCCGAGCAUGCAUGUAAUCCAUCGCCUUUCAUUCUCUGCACAUACAUGUUGUGUUUAGUUUAGAGAUACAGCACGGAAACAGGCCCUUCGGCCCAGCGAGUCCACACUGACCAUAUAUCAUCCGUCAUUCUCAUCCACUCCCUACACACUAGGGGACAAUUAACACGUU